CAGGGGUCACCAUCAUCACAGUCUGCAUUGACACAGCCAUCAUGAAGACCUGCACACUCCUUGGCCGUCCCCUCCUACUACUGGCGAUGCUGGUAGUGUCCUGGGCAGGGGCUGUGCCUCUUCAGGACACGCACAGCCUGCAGGACAUCCACUCGGAGGAGCAGCUGCAGGCGUAUCUGGAGAGCAAUCCCUCUGUGGUGCGUGAGCUGUACCCAGACUUGCUCCGCGAAGCCUCCCAGGUGUUGGUGGUUGUUGACCCAGACACGCUGAUGGAGAUGCUGAGGGAGCAGGCGGCGAUUGCCACGCACGAACCCCACCAGGAGGAAGAGGAGGAGGAGGAGGAGGAGGAGGAAGAGGCCCAAGAAGGAACACAAAAAUACCAAGAAGACAAGAACCACCGCAGCAAGAGACAGGUCACCUUUGGCGUUGGGAUGAACCGCGGGUCCUACGGAAGGGACUACAGUGCUAAUAUUGGCUACGAGCGUCGCUUCAACAACGGCAGGUCAUCCUUUGGCGUGCAAGCCAACAGGAACUGGGGCGCCAGCGGCAGAUCCCACGGGUUUGGGAUCAGCUUCUCGCAUAGAUUUGGCCGCUAGGGGAGGCACGAAGCUUUUCACAGCUGUCGCAGUGAGACAGACGCUUCCCUCCGCCACACACAGCAAGCCGAUCUUUAAUUUAUAGACUAAACUGUACUGUUUUCCUUUUGGAAUUGUACCAAUAAAAAUAUUUACUUUCGUAAA